AUGCGACUAUUGAUUAAGAUGAUCAAACUGCAGCAAAAACUGUAUGCUUCAACAAUUUCUAACGAAGGAGUUAUCAACCGUGAUCGUUUACGACUUUUCGUACGUGCAGGUAAUGGAGGACAAGGAUUGCAACGAUUUAAUGGUGUUGGAGGGAAUGGUGGUGAUGUGAUUAUGGUUGGACAUUCGAAGAUGACUUUUGAAGCGAUGCUGAAGAAUGCUAAACAUCGUGUAUUGAAGGUGCAAGCUCAAAGUGGUAUGAACUCUUCACAGACUUCACUCAUUGGUAUAAAUGGAAGGCCAAAAAUUCUCAAGGUUCCUGUAGGUGUCGAUAUAAUAAAUGCGGAAACUAAAAUGUUGAUAGCACGUUGUUCACGACCAUUCUUCAAUUACGUGAUAGCACGAGGUGGUCAUGGUGGUUGCGCCGAGAAUUGCUUUCAAGCGACGGCUGGUGAGCGGUUUUUCGUCGAUCUCCACCUUAAGCUUCAUCCAAAUAUCGGUUUGAUUGGUUUCCCGAAUGCAGGAAAAUCAACAGUUAUGAAGGCAUUGGUGCCAAAAAGAAACAUCAAAAUAGCCUGUUAUCCAUUUACAACAUUGAAACCUCAACUUUGUUACAUUAAUAACUUUGGAUCGGAAUUAGAAUCAAUAGACGAUGAUGAUGAUUCAUUUAGUUUAUCAAUUGCUGAUCUGCCAGGUUUGUUAGAAGGAGCAGCACUGAAUCGUGGAAGAGGUAGAGAAUUUCUAAAGCAUCUGGAAUUCAGCGAUAUAUUAUUGAUGGUUGUUGAUGUUCUUGGUUUCAAACUUGACUUAUCCUUAAAUAAUCCGUAUCGUAAUGCACUGGAAACUGUUGCACUUCUGAAUAUAGAGUUAGAGAAAUAUGAUCCAGCUUUAGUGAUGAAGCCGACGAUCAUUACUCUGAACAAAAUAGAUUUACCCAAUGGUGAACAGAAAGCUAAUGAAUUGGUUUCAAUUCUGGAAAAGGAAAAUUGGCCAGAUGCAUUACCAGAAGAGAUGCGACCUACCAAGCCAUUAUCUGUAAAAGCAGUAAUACCGAUUGCAGCGAAGGAUCGCCGGUUAGGUGAUUUGAAAAAACAGCUGAAAUUUCUCUAUAAACGAUUGCAUCCUUUAUCAGUGCCAAACAUUGGUUCCAUUAAAAAAACUGUACUUGCUUGA